ACCAAAAGGAGCCACCAUAUGCAAAAGUCCGGCCAAUACGAAACUUGAAACGAGGCAUCUCAACAUUCGCACGUCACUCUCACAAACACGUCACAACUGCACUAAUCCAAAAACCCUCAACCACGUUCUUCAAAAGAAAGAAGAAAAAAGAAAAAAGGAUCCAAAAACCCAAAAGGGGGAAAAUAGAAACCGCCGGACUGUGUAUACACACUCUUUCUCUCCCCCACUAUACCCAUUACCUGUUUCCUGCCUACAAAACCCAUUGAGGGAUCUCUCAAGACAGAACACAUUUUCACUUCCUUUCAAGCUCUGCCCUUUUCAUUUACCCUUUUUAUCUUUUGAGUCGCAUUCACUGAUCCACAGCUAAAGCAGCCAAUUUUCUUUCUGCUACUCUCUAGUAAAAGAGGAGCUUGGAUCCGGACGAGUUAGAAUGGCUUGGGUUUCAUUACCAGUCGUGGGUAUGUUGUUGGUUUGGUGGUGGGUGGGUUUCAGUGCAGUGAAUGCAGAUUACAUCAAGUACAAAGAUGCUAAUCAACCAGUUGCUGCUCGAGUUGGAGACCUUCUUAGCAGAAUGACGCUUGAAGAGAAAAUUGGUCAGAUGGUGCAGAUUGAUCGCAGCGUUGCCAAUGUUGAUACUAUGAGAACUUACUUCAUUGGCAGUGUAUUGAGUGGUGGUGGCAGUGCACCACUUCCAGAAGCUAGCGCUGAGGACUGGGUUAACAUGAUUAAUGAAUUUCAGAAGGGAGCUCUUGCUAGUCGUUUGGGCAUUCCAAUGAUCUAUGGUAUCGAUGCUGUGCAUGGACACAACAAUGUCUAUAAUGCUACAAUAUUUCCGCAUAAUGUUGGGCUUGGAGCUACCAGGGAUCCUGAAUUGGUACAAAGAAUUGGUUCUGCAACUGCUCUUGAAGCCCGAGCUACGGGGAUUCCUUAUGUAUUUGCUCCCUGCAUUGCGGUCUGUAGAGAUCCAAGAUGGGGUCGGUGUUAUGAAAGCUACAGUGAGGACCACAAAAUUGUGCAAGAAAUGACGGUGAUUAUUCCAGGUUUACAGGGAGAUAUUCCUGCAAAUUCUCGGAAAGGAGUUCCAUAUGUUGGUGGAAAUAAAAAGGUUGCAGCUUGUGCAAAGCACUUUGUGGGUGAUGGAGGGACAACCAGGGGCAUUAAUGAGAACAACACUGUGGUUGACCGGCACGAGUUGCUUCGCAUCCACAUGCCUGCCUAUUCUGAUUCAAUCAUCAAGGGUGUCGCAACAGUGAUGAUUUCCUACUCCAGUUGGAAUGGGGAAAAGAUGCAUGCAAACCGCGACCUAGUUACUGGCUUCCUCAAGGGCACCCUUAAGUUUAAGGGUUUUGUUAUAUCAGACUGGGAGGGUGUUGACAGGAUUACCUCCCCACCACAUGCAAACUACUCCUACUCCGUCCAAGCUUCAAUUCUAGCUGGACUUGAUAUGAUCAUGAUCCCUUUCAAGUAUAUAGAGUUCAUUGAUGAUCUCAUCUCCCUGGUCAAAAACAAUGUUGUCCCAAUGGAUCGAAUUGAUGAUGCUGUGGGAAGGAUUCUGCUAGUCAAGUUCACCAUGGGUCUUUUUGAGAACCCUUUGGCUGAUCUCAGCCUAGUCAAUGAGCUUGGAAGCCAGGCUCAUAGAGACUUGGCAAGGGAAGCAGUCAGAAAAUCACUUGUGCUUCUGAAGAACGGAAAAAACGGAACCAAUCCAAAUCCAGUCAUACCUCUUCCCAAGAAGGUGUCCAAAAUCCUAGUUGCUGGCAGUCAUGCUGAUAAUCUAGGUUACCAAUGUGGUGGAUGGACAAUGGAAUGGCAAGGAUUCAGUGGCAACAACUAUACAAGAGGAACCACAAUCCUCAGUGCCAUAAAAUCAACAGUUGAUUCGAGCACAGAAAUUAUCUACCGUGAGAAUCCUGAUGGAAAUUUUGUCAAGUCCAACAACUUUGCAUACGCCAUUGUUGUUGUUGGCGAGCACCCUUAUGCUGAGACUUCAGGAGACAGCAUGAACCUAACGAUGGCAGAACCUGGCCCAAGUGUCAUCAGCAAUGUGUGUGAAAGUGUCAAGUGCAUUGUUAUCGUAAUUUCUGGCAGACCUAUUGUAAUUGAACCAUAUAUUUCCUCAAUUGAUGCCCUGGUGGCAGCAUGGUUGCCAGGCACUGAAGGCCAAGGUAUUACCGAUGUCCUUUUUGGGGAUCAUGGGUUCAGUGGAAAGCUUUCAAGAACAUGGUUCAGAACUGUAGAUCAACUCCCAAUGAAUUUUGGGGAUCCACACUAUGAUCCACUUUUCCCUUUAGGUUUUGGAAUUGAAACUGAGUCAAUCAAGGAGCUUGUAACAAGGUCGACGUCAGCUGGUGUCAUUGGAAGGCCAUGUGUACUUAUCCUUGUGCUUGCUCUAAUUCUCAGCUUAUAGUUUAGAGGAAGGAUUUUAGUAUUUCAGGAAGGUUUUUAGUAUUUUUCCACAGCAUUGGAUUUGGUAGAAUGAGCGCAGCCAAAGUACUAGAUAUUAUUAACCUCUGGUGCGUUGACAGCAGCAAUUGCCUCAUGUUCAUGUUCUUGUCAGUACUCUCAGUUGCUUAUAUUAUGCCCCCCAAAUCAUUCAAUGUCGAGCCAUUGCCGUCGGAUUCACAAUCUGCCUUGCAAAAGAUUUAUUUUGAUUGUAAUGACCUGCAAAGUAAUUUAUCUUUGCUCGCAUAAUUUCAUGGAGAAUAAAUCACAUACUACUUUGGAAUGGGGCUUCUGAUCAGCGAAUUCAUUGUUAUUGACUCAACUCAAA